ACAGUUCACAUCAAGCGCGUUCACACGACACUCGGCAGUUUGGUCUCUAUGAACAUGGGAUUGAGGGAAGAGCUCCUCAAGGCAAUAUGGCAUGCGUUCACAGCACUGGAUGUGGAUAAAAGUGGAAAAGUAUCUAAAUCACAGUUAAAGGUGCUUUCUCAUAACCUCUGCACAGUGAUGAAGAUCCCUCAUGAUCCUGUGGCUCUAGAGGAACACUUUAGGGAUGAUGAUGAAGGUCCUGUUUCCAAUCAGGGAUACAUGCCCUACCUGAACAGAUUCAUUCUGGAUAAGGUCCAGGACAACUUCGAUCGAAUGGACUUUAACAAGAUGUGCUGGACUCUCUCUGCCAGAAAGAACCUCAACAGAAACCACCUGCUUAUCUCUGAUGAUGACGCUUGUAAGAUCUGGUGCAUUUUUAACUUCCUGUCUGAGGAGAGAUAUCCAUUGGUCAUGGUCACAGAAGAGAUAGAGUACUUCCUUCGUAAGCUUACAGAGGCCAUGGGCGGCAGCUGGAUUGAGGAGAAGUUUGAAGAAUACAAGGUUCAGCUAAGCAACAGACAGUGUCUAAGCGUAUGGCAACUGAUUGAACUGGUGGGCAAGGGUCAGUUUAGUAAAGGCAUGGACCGCCAGACCCUUUCCAUGGGCAUCACUGAAGUGUUCCAGGAACUUAUUCUGGAUAUGCUCAAACAGGGCUACAUGAUGAAGAAGGGCCACAGAAGGAAGAACUGGACAGAACGAUGGUUCCUCUUGAAGCCCAACAUGAUUUCAUACUAUGUUAGCGAAGAUCUUACAGAGAAGAAAGGAGACAUACUACUAGAUGGAAAUUGUUGUGUUGAGUCUUUACCGGAUAAGGAAGGGAAGAAGUGUCUUUUCUACAUCAAGUGCUCAGACAAAAGCUUUGAGAUCAGCGCCUCAGAUAAGAAGAAAAAACAAGAGUGGAUUCAAGCUAUUCAGACUUGUAUCACGCUACUAAAGGUGGGGCGUCCAGCUCCGCACCACGAGGCGCGACAAAAACGACGCGAGAUGCGGGAAAAGCAACAGGCCGAACAGGAGGAGCUUGAGCUGAGGAUGCGAGAACUGCAAACAGCCAAUGAAAACAAACAGAGAGAACUGGAGGCCUUGAGGAAGAAACUGGAGGAUGCUGCAACGAAUGCAGCAGAAGAGGAGCACAGACGUCUGCAGACCCAGAACGAGCUGCAGGAUCUUUACAGGGGCGAAAUGGAGAAAGAGAAAAUGGUUCGCCAGCAAAUGGAAGAACAGGUGGCUCAAAAGUCCAGUGAGUUAGAGCAAUACCUGCAGCGCGUGCGUGAACUGGAGACUAUGUUCCACAGCUUGGAAGAAGCACUAGAGGAGGAAAAACAGGCGAGGCAAGACGAGGAAAUUGUCAGAAAACUCCAAGCCAGGCUUUUAGAGGAGGAAGUAUCUAAGCGUGCAGAGCUGGAGCAAAUACACUUGUAUCAACAACAGACCAUUUCUCAGACCCAGGCAGAGAAGCAGGAACUGGAACGAGAAAGACUGGCAAAGGAGAGCGCGCUGCAGGAUGCCAUGCACCAACUGCAGCAGCUAGAGGCUGACAGGCAGGGUGCAUUGGAGCAAUAUGAGGAGGUGAUGAAGAAACUUGCAGAUGCUGCGAAUAAUACAAAGAGCUGGAAGGACAAGGUGGCCCAGCAUGAGGGUCUCAUACGGCUCAUUCAGCCAGGCCCUAAAUUCCCUCAGAAGAUCACUAAUUGGGGACCCGCGUCAUUCACAGAUACAGAACUGAGCUUGAGAGAGAAAGACUGGCAGGAAAAGAAAAGCAAGUCUGCUUCCACCCAGUAGUCCCCUUCAAGUGCCCUAAUAAAGCCACAAUAUGUAAGAUUUUUGUAAUAAAAUAUCCAAAACCUUUUGCACAGUUUGACAUAUUUAAUGCACUCAUGUACUUACAUUAUCCCAAAGUUCUCAAAUUGUCGCACUUUACGUGACUUAAUAUCUGCGUUAUCCUCAGUUUCUGGUUGUGGAAACACAACACGAGUGGACACAGAAGUGGCGGAUAUACAACACCUAACACACAGCCGUUGUGCCUUGCAGCUAAUUCCAGGGUUCCCACGGUCCUUGAAAUCCUUGAAAGUUUGUUAAUCUUGGGGAAUUUUUUUUUGCAUAGUUGUGCUUGGCACAUGAAAACGUCCCGGGUUACGCAUGUAACUGUUGUUCCCUGAGAAGGGAACGAGACGCUGCGUCUCCCUUGCCAUACUUCCUGCGUCCCUGUAACGCCGUCUUUGGCAAUAUUUCAGAUAGCGAUAUACUUUCUGGCUCCAGUUUCUCCCCGUCUUUGUCUUUAAGCCUCACCAUUGGUUGAAUUUUAAAUACACAUUCAGACGCACUUACCCCUGGAGGCGUCCCCAAAAUGUUACCGCAGUGACGCAGGGCGAGUUCCCUCGAAAGGGAACCGUAACAAUCUAUCUUAAAAGGUAACACAAUGAAACCUUGCUCUCACUUGGAAUGUGUCCCCACAUUUAGUCCUUGAAUUUGAGGGUAUUGGACCUGGAAAGUCCUUGAAAGGUCCUUGAAUUUGAAGUUAACUAAGGUGUGGGAACCCUGUAAUUCAUUAUGUAAGAAAUAAUUGACAAUGGGUUGUUGAAUUAUUCGAAAAGAAUGCACACCCACCCAAGGUGAUAAUGCAGGACAUAAUUCCGUUUAUAUUUAUUUGAAGACAUUUGCCAGAUAAGUUGCGCUUUUACAGAAAAAUAAUCAACACCCUUGGAACAUCUCUCAUCCAAUCAGAAUAAAGCAUUCAACAGCCCCGUGGUAUAAGAUGUUAUAAAAUAAUGUGAUCAGAUGCACAGGUAAAAACAUUAAUUCAUUACCUCAUCUGUGAACAUGAUUAUUGAAUUCCAUACAUUUCUGGAUUUCUCCCAUUAUUACAAUCUCCUUCAUAACGUCAUUAAGUUUUGCCUGUGUUAUAGUUCAGUGUUUCCGCUAUAUACAUUCUACCGUGGCGGCCCGCCAUGCCUAAAACAUCCCCGCCACGCCUGCGGUUGUGGAUAGAAGGGAUACAGCAAACGAAAUCUCGCUGGAUGACCACUGUUUUAUCCUAAUCCUUCAACCAAACCCAACUCUAAACACAAAAUUUCACACGAUUGUAGGAUGUAUUUGUAUCUCAUUUAGCCAGAGCCGCUGUUUUCAUCCUAAUAAUCCUACCUCCAAAUCUAAUCCUUAACUUUUCGGCAUUUGCUGUAUCCCUUCUAGACAAAACCCACGGCGGCAGCUCGCAAAAAAGCUACAGAAAUGUCCGCCCUGCCAGACUGGCUGUCUUAGAAAUAAAUUCCUUUCUGGAUUCGCGUUGUUAACUCAUUUAUAAAUAAAUCUCCUAAAGUAUCAUAAUUUCUUCCAUGGGUUUAGUGAACAAAUAGAUUUAAAUCAACAGAGGAUGAUUAGGCUACGUCUCUGUUUUGAGAAAUAAUAAUAAAAUAAAUAAGCCUAUACGAAAUAUGUUACACUUAAAUAAUAAUUAAAUUGACAAAACGAAUAAAAAAGUAUUUGAGUUUCUGUUUUUUUUUGUGACGUGCUCUAAAACCAAACCAGCAGAAAGCACGUCAUGUUUUUAAUGAUUUUAAAUAAGCACAAAGUUUUCUCCUUAUUGUGAGUUUACACAAAUAAAAAUACAUCAUUUGAAGUUUCGAAUAUUGUUUUACUUUUAUCUUUAUGACAAUAAAUUUAGGGUAAUUUAAGGUGCAAGGUCAUCACGCAUUUGAUGUUCACCGGCGCAUACACGGACGCAGCGCAGGGCUGCGAGAAAAGACAUUAUUAAACUUUCGAUUUAACAUAUUACGAGUUUUUUGGACAUUCAUUUGGAAUCACUGUACUCAUAUUAUCAACUUAUCUGGUCAUUAGUUAUUCAGAAUAUAGGCUAUAAGCGCAGCGCACUGCUGACCGCUCAGCUGUCAGUCAAUCGUCUGUGCUUUAGAUCGACACUCACAAAGUUUCACAUUAAAUGAUAUGAUAUUUGUCCAAAAACAAAAGGCUAAAUACUAAAUACUACUUAUAUGCGACUGCAAGACAUUAAUAGUCGAAUCUGUUUGUAAGGAAACUUACAUUAUUCCCGUGGAAGAGAAGAACGUUGGUAAUAGAAACUUGAGGCAGACGGUGAGACUGUUUUAUCUGUUUUCAGACGAAACAGCACGGUCGGGGUACCCGCGGGUGAACAGCAUAAUAUUUGAUGUAACGGGUGUAAUAAUAGGCUUUUCGCGCGUCAUUUGCAUUGUAGAUGCAGGUCGGGACUCAAUAGACAAGAGUAAAAUGCGGGUCUAACAUCCAAGACCAAAAUUCGACUCGUUUUUAAAUGGCCCCGUGCUUUGUGUUUAAGAUCUGUCUGAAGACCGUUAAAGGUUUCUAUUCAACUGCGCGAUUUGCGGUGUGACCGGCUCGGGGUCUUUAUCAAAUGGUCCGGGUGUGAAAUAAAAUUGCUGCUGAUGGAUGUUCGGUCAAUCACAGCUGUGCGGAUUAUCAAACAGGACUGUGCGUGAGUUUGCAACAGCUCUGUAACGCUAAACACGAGCACAACUUGCAAUGCACACUACAUUAAAACUACAAUGAAAUAUCUGAACUACGUACGUAGCUAUGUAACGUUUUUUAAGAAAAUACAUUUUAGAUCAAACAUAGAAAAGCAAUAUGCUAUAAAUAUAAGGAAAAGUAAAUGACAGCAUGAAAAUGAUAAAAAAAUACAUGUUAGUUUACUGUAGCCUAUAUUCUACUUUAAAAAAAAUAAUGUACAUUUAUAAUCAUCAUGGGCGCCCCCUGCCGCCACAGCUGAAAAAAAUCCUAGAGGAAACACUGUAGUUAUUGUGAAGUAGCGACCUCUAGUGGUGAAAAUCUACAUAUUGUGGCUUUAACACACAUUUACAAUAGACAGAAUCACAAGUGAAGUACACUGCCUCUCCUGAGUUAGUCUUUAAACACACUAAAACAAAAUUUUAUGUAGGCCUACAUGACUUUACAUAGGGUAAAGUGUAGUCUGGCCUAAUCUAAAGAUGAUGUACCAUUCCAAACUGUACUAUAACAUUCCCGUGUCAUUUUUCCACUGCACUGAAGUGAUUUUAUACAUUUGACUUUUUGUAUGCUGUUUCACGUUAUGUGAAUAUGUUCAUUUAGGUGCAUUUUCACCAAAGUAAUGGCAGAUGUUUUUGUACCCGUAGUUUAUAAGUAAACUUUAUUAAUGUCAAGCGUCUAA